GGCCAUUCUAUUCAUGUCGCCAGUAUGGAGUAUGCAGGCUUCCACUCCCCAAAUACAUAUCACGCAUCCACGUCUGCCAUGGACCCGCCCAUGAAGGAAGAUCCGUCCCCCGAACCUGCGUCCGUCGAAGAGAACUGCCCUGCCUUCGCGUCGGGAUGUCCGUUUGCCUCAUCAAAGGAGAAGGCCGCUGCGCCGUCGCUGAGCGAGUGUCCAUUCUUCGCGCAGGGCUGCCCGUUCAAGGGUAUCCACGAUGUCCAGAACCUCUACACGACUUUGGAAUCGUCGAUCCCUGCGUCCCAUCAAAAGGACGGCUCCCCUCUGAAAGCGAAUGUGCUGUCCAUGUUCAAGUUUAUCCACGACGAGAGCGCCAAGAAGAAGGGUGAGAUCGGGACCGCGUGUCCCGUCUUUGCCACUACAUGCCCCUUCAAGACGAUCAUGGUGAACGGUCGCGCACUCGUGGACGAGUUGGACGUGCGCACGUGGGCCAUCUUUGCCGACGAAGAAGGGGACAAGUGCCCAUUGGGUGGUGGACAUUUGGCAGACGACCUCAAGUACGGCACGAAACAGUCGCAUCGAGAAGCGGAGAACGUGCACUUUGUCCGGGAGUUCGUCAAGGGUCGCAUCAACCAAGACAUCUACAAGGUCAUGGUGGCCAUGUUGUACUACAUUUACUCGGACCUGGAAGCGCACCUGCGCAGUGCCGCCGCCGCGAACGACCCAAUCUUCACACCGCUGCAUUUCCCCGUCGAGCUGGAGCGACAGGCGGCGCUGGAACUCGACUUGGCCUACUACUACGGACCGAGUUGGAGGAGCGCCAUCCCGCCGCCGACCACCUCGACCCAAGAGUACCUGGCGCGGCUGGCGUACAUACGGACAUCGUCGCCGUCGCUUCUCGUGGCGCAUGCUUAUACGCGAUACAUGGGGGACCUCAGCGGCGGCCAGAUCCUCAAGCGAACUGCGAUCAAGGCCAUGGGCCUCAUGGAUGGGCAUGGCACGUCGUUCUACGACUUUCACAACAUCACAACGUCCCACAAAGCGUUCAAAGACAUGUACCGCCGCACGCUCAACAGCCUCCCCGCGACCCAUGACGUGUCGGAGCAACUAGUACACGAAGCCAACGUGGCAUUCCUGCUCAAUAUGAAAGUGUUUGAAGAACUGGACGUCCUCGGCGGGUUCAACACACCCGACAACCAGCAAGCGGAAGCGCUCGUGCGGCGGCGGAGCCAACAGCAGCAAAGAAUGACACGAGAAGGUACCGAUGGGACGAAAAAGGGUGGACCCGUGUGCCCGUUUGCCAACAUGCUGGGCCAGCCGGGUAUCAAGGAACUAGCGAUCAAGUACCACGGAGAUGAUCUGACCGCCGACGAAUUCGCGCAACUCAAAGCCCAAGUCGACGCCAUUCGAAACGCCCAGUGGCGUCGGAACUACGUCGUGUCCAUGGCGGUGGUGGGCGUGGCCAUCGGAGUCGGCGUCUGGUUGCGCAUGUCGUCGGCGUUGUGGGCGUAGGUGGGACCGCCAGUCGCAGUUUUGAUGAAGUAGUACCUAAUAAUAUAUCUGCUGGAUGUAGAAACUGCAAACAUACUCCAGAGUUCUACCGAAUCUCCAGAGUACUCUCUUG